AUGCAGAAUCAAACCUCAGUCACAGAAUUUAUCCUUCUGGGAGUGACUGCUAUCCACUCACUGGAGCCUUUGCUCUUCGUGCUUUUCCUGGUCAUCUACUUUGUCAAUGUGACUGGGAACGGAGCCAUCUUGUUGAUUAUCAUCUCUGAUCCUAAACUCCAUUCACCAAUGUAUUUCUUCCUGGGAAACCUCUCAUGCCUGGAUAUCUGCUAUUCCACAGUGACACUGCCAAAAAUGCUGGAGAACUUACUCUCUACACACAAAGCAAUUUCUUUCUAUGGAUGUAUAAUUCAACUGCAUUUCUUCCAUUUCUUUGGGAGCACAGAGGCCAUGUUAUUGGCUUUGAUGGCUUUGGACCGCUUCGUGGCCAUCUGCAAACCACUUCAUUACACUGUUAUUAUGAAUCAUCAGCAGUGUACACAGAUGGCUGUCACGAUCUGGACUCUUGGUUUUUUCCAUGCCCUGCUGCAUGCCAUAAUGACUUCUCGUUUGAACUUCUGUGGUUCUAAUCAUAUCCACCAUUUCUAUUGUGACAUUAAGCCAUUGCUGGAUCUGGCCUGUGGGAACACUGAACUCAACGAGUGGCUGCUCAAUAUUGUCACAGGGACGAUUGCCAUGGGCCCAUUCUUUCUAACACUGCUCUCUUAUUUCUACAUUAUCACCUAUCUCUUCUACAAGACCCAUUCCUGCAGCAUGCUUCAAAAGGCACUGUCUACUUGUGCAUCACAUUUUAUGGUGGUUAUUCUUUUUUAUGCCCCUGUUCUCUUCACUUACACUCGUCCAACUUCAGGAAGUUCCAUGGACCAGGACCGGAUUGUUGCUAUCAUGUAUACUGUGGUCACUCCUGUUCUAAAUCCAUUGAUCUAUACUUUGAGGAACAAGGAGGUAAAAGGGGCAUUGAGUAGGGUAAUCAGGAAAGGAAUCAGACUUAAAAAAAUCUAGAAAACCUUCUGAGAC